AUGGAUUAUAAAGUCCCCGCACAUAUAGAAAUCGAUACUUAUUUUUCUACCAUUCCGGUAUCCAAAUGGCAUCGUCUCAAUGAUUAUAUGAAUUCCAAAUUAGGGACCAGCCCACUUUCGACAGCGCCAGAUUUAUAUAGGUCCUUUCAUAGAUCAUUGGCUAUAGUUGAGAAAAAUGAGGCUGGUAGUUAUCCUAAGUACAUUGUGGAUUAUGCAAAAAAGCUAAAGACAGCUGUCAAGCUUGCCGAGAAGAUUAUUGAUCGCAUUGAUCGACGGGAAUUAAUGAAAGAAAAUAAUAUUGAUAUUUGUGAAAAACAGACCAUGCGGGAUCAAGCAUCUAAGUCAAAAGCAUUGGACGAUAUAACAAAUGCAAUUACUGGAAAGCGUAAAAGAGAUAGUAAUGACGAUUGUGAGAAUGAGCUUAAUGAAGAAAUGGUCCAAGAAAAUUAUGCUACUUCUGCAAGAGAACCUAAUAAUGACUUUGCAAUUUCCUCAUUCGGUAUUGAAUGGAUAAAUGAAAGGCAUAAUUUUUCUGAAGAUUUUCGGCAAUUUCAGAAGUCUAUCAUUGAGAAACUAAAAGUCAAUCCGGUUUUAAGCUAUGUAACCGAUUGUGAAUCCAUAAUCGCCUUAUCAAGCAUAAUGAUAUUAAAAAAGAACAAAAAACCAGCUUAUGUUUCAUGUACCGAUAACGAGUGGCGGAUGACGUUUCCACGCAUUACUUAUAAAUUCAAGAUGCCAGCUCUUGUUCAAUCCACUGUAUGUUCGUAUUCAACGCAUAUAAUAAGAGGUGAAUUGGCCGAAUUUGAAGAGCUGUGGCGAUUGAACUGGAGCAAAGUAUCUUUAUUGGAUGGUCAAGAAAAUAAGAGGAUAUUCGAUUCAGUGCAGAUCAUAACACGUAAUUUCUUUUACAAUUUACCAUAUGGCAAAAAUAAGAAUCAAUCAGAUGAAGACACCUACGCCCACAGAACUUGCCACGUAAUUUUGGAAGAGAUUUUCCGUGUCGGAACUAUGCAACUUGUAUGGGCGAACGGAGAAAGUAGUUCAUCUAAAAAUCAAUGUUCAGGGGAUUCCGAUACCAAUGGGUUAAAGCCCGAUUUCCGCUUAAUUUGUAAAGAUGAGAAUGAGAGUGAAAUAUUAUUUGGAGAGAUUAAGCCACCGAAAGUAAGAAAUCACAAGUCCAUUGCAAAUCAUGCACUUGCAAAAUUGGCUACCCUCAUGAAGAGUGCAUUAGACAUGGGGAUUCAUGAUGAAACGUAUGGUGUACUAAUUAACGAAUAUGAUGGCUUAUACCAGCUUGUCUUUCUAGUAGAAAUGACUUUUCCCGCUGAGGCGGCGGAAUUUCUUGUAAUCAUCUCUGUUAUAGAAAGAUGUUACGAAUUAAGAGAGCUUGUUCUCGAAACUGAUAGAAAGGGUAACUCCCACCUGAAUGAAAAUUAUCAGCGUGGUUCAAACUAUAGUCCUACGAAGACAAAAGUUCCCGUUAUCAAUAUUCAAACAUCUGAACUGAAGAAAGCAAGUUUACCAACUUCGGUUGCGUAUGGUGGGGGAAAUUGGAGCAGUGGGGUAGUAGGGGGCAGUGGAGGCAGUAGGAUAAGUGGGAGGCAGUGGUGUGGUGAAGAUCAGUUGAAAAUUGUGAAAUUAGCAAUUAAUGACUAUAGCG